UCCCUCCUCCUUUCUGGUACGUUCCCAAUGGUACAGCCAGCAUCUUGCAGCAUAAUGCUUACAAGACGGUAAACGGGGAGUGAUUCAGCAUUGCAAUCGUAAUUUCUAGGCUAUACCGGUAUUUUUUUUCUUCCAUCGCUGCAUUUAUUUCUAGUUAUCUCCAUGUUCACUUUUAUUUUUCUGUGCGUGCUAAGUCGUUAAAUGUCUCUCGUCGGAAUGUUUUGAACAGAACUGUCACCGGCCUAGGAUCGUCGUCAGCUGGCACGGAAUGGUAUUUAUGAGCAGGCAUUUCUUCUAUUACUGCGGUGAACCAGUCCUAGAUGUGAAAAUAGCCUUUUGUCAGGUGUGUGUUCCUUACAGGUAAAAUAAGGGUUUUGGUAAACAAUUGGAUGUGUCAUACAUUGGCAAGCAUUACAACAUGAGCAAAUGCAAAGUGGACAACCAGUUCUACAGUGUGGAAGUAGGAGAUUCCACCUUCACAGUUCUCAAACGUUACCAGAAUCUAAAAUCCAUCGGUUCUGGGGCUCAGGGAAUCGUCUGUGCCGGAUACGAUGCAGUCCUCGACAGAAACGUGGCCAUCAAGAAGCUCAGCAGACCCUUUCAGAACCAGACCCAUGCCAAGAGGGCAUACAGGGAACUGGUGCUCAUGAAAUGUGUCAAUCACAAAAAUAUCAUCAGUUUAUUAAAUGUUUUCACACCACAGAAAUCACUAGAAGACUUUCAGGAUGUGUACCUGGUGAUGGAGCUGAUGGAUGCCAACCUAUGCCAGGUGAUUCAGAUGGAGCUAGACCAUGAGAGAAUGUCCUACCUGCUCUACCAGAUGCUGUGUGGCAUCAAACACCUGCACUCAGCUGGAAUUAUACACAGGGACCUGAAACCUAGCAAUAUAGUGGUCAAGUCUGAUUGUACACUGAAGAUCCUGGACUUUGGCCUGGCAAGGACUGCAGGCACCAGCUUCAUGAUGACUCCGUACGUGGUGACACGGUACUACAGAGCUCCAGAGGUCAUCCUGGGCAUGGGGUACAAAGAUAACGUGGAUAUAUGGUCGGUGGGGUGCAUUAUGGGAGAAAUGGUGCGUCACAAAAUCCUGUUCCCUGGCCGUGACUAUAUCGACCAAUGGAAUAAAGUGAUUGAGCAGCUGGGCACACCCUCACCAGAGUUUAUGAAGAAGCUGCAGCCCACUGUCCGUAACUAUGUCGAGAACAGACCCAAAUACGCAGGCCUCAACUUUCCCAAGCUUUUCCCCGACUGCCUCUUCCCUGCAGACUCAGAGCACAACAAACUCAAAGCUAGCCAGGCCAGAGAUCUGUUGUCUAAGAUGUUGAUUAUUGAUCCAGCCAAGCGGAUACAAGUGGACGAAGCCUUACAGCACCCCUACAUCAACGUUUGGUACGACCCAGCCGAGGUGGAGGCGGCCAGGGAUCUCGUCCAAAUAUCAAUGCCUCCUCCUGCUAUCUACGACAAACAGCUGGAUGAGAGAGAACACUCUAUCGAUGAAUGGAAAGAGCUAAUCUACAAAGAGGUGAUGAACUUUGAGGAGAGGACGAAGAACGGGGUGGUGAAGGGACAACCCUCUCCCUCAGGUGCAGCCGUGAACAUCAGUGGUGAGAGCCUCCCUUCCCCCUCCGUCAACGAUAUCUCCUCCAUGUCCACCGACCAGACACUGGCCUCAGACACUGACAGCAGCCUGGAGACCUCCGCAGGACCCCUGGGGUGUUGCAGGUGACUAGCAGCCUGCCUGCGCAACCCAAUGUUCUUCAGAAGGUGAAAAGCAAUGUCCAAACAACCAACCAACCCACCAAAACCUGAAAAAGAACAAAGAUUAUUAAAAAGAAAAAAAGUAUCAUCUUAAAAGGGAUUUAAUAAAACAUAAAGAAUAAUGAUUAUGAAAGUUAAGCUUGCAUUUUCAUUCAAAAAGAAAAAACGAUGAAAUAUGAACUUCUUGUUACUUUACUUAUACACCCCAUCCUCCCCAAAACACAAAAAAAAACACUGAGACAGUCAUCUUUCUGUGAAGUGUAAAUUGACCGGCUGCUGGUAACCCAAAUUCCUUGCAGGCGCCUGUUCUUCAGUCGAUGUGGCAAAGUGGGCCCUUUUCAUACAUUACUGUACAGCAAUAUACACUGCUCAAAAAAAUAAAGGGAACACUAAGAUAACACAUCCUAGAUCUAAAUGAAUGAACUAUUCUUAUUAAAUACUUUUUUUCUUUACAUAGUUGAAUGUGCUGACAACAAAA